UACAAUCUUUAACAAGUAAGGCAAAAUUUACAUUAUACUUUACAAAAUUCCAAUCCAAUCAAAUUUCUUUAUAAACUCUUUGGUGAAAUAUAAUAUCCUUUUUUAUGUUACUUAGUGGUGUUGCCCCACUUUUUCAUCCAUAAAUACCCUUUUGGUAGAGUGUGUCUUCCACACUUUCUCCACAUACCCUUUUCUCAAAUUUCAUCAUAACAAUCAAAAAAUGGAAUCUUUGAACCAACAAGGCAAAUUUGUUGUUCCAAUGAUUCCAAAUGAACAAGACCUUGAGCAACAAGCAACAACAACAUUAGAAGUUGAAACAAAGGAUUUUGAUUACUCAAAAAGAUCACAAUGGUUAAGAGCAGCUGUUUUAGGAGCCAAUGAUGGUUUGGUUUCAACAGCUUCACUAAUGAUGGGAGUUGGAGCUGUUAAACAUGACAUCAAAGCUAUGAUCUUGACAGGUUUUGCUGGAUUGGUUGCAGGGGCUUGUAGUAUGGCAAUUGGUGAGUUUGUGUCUGUUUAUUCGCAAUUGGAUAUCGAAGUUGCUCAGAUGAAAAGGGAGAAGGAACGUUGCAGAGGAAUUAUUGAACAUGUUAUUGUUGACAAGAAUGAGAAUUUGCCUAAUCCAUUACAAGCUGCUGCAGCAUCAGCUUUAGCUUUUUCUGUUGGUGCAAUGGUGCCAUUACUUGCUGCAUUUUUUAUAAGUGAUUAUAAGGUUAGGAUUGGAGUUGUUGUUGUUGCUGUUAGUUUUGCUUUGCUUGUUUUUGGUUGGUUAGGUGCUGUUUUGGGUAAAGCUCCAAUUUUUAGGUCUUCUUUAAGGGUUUUGGUUGGUGGUUGGGUGGCUAUGUCCAUUACUUUUGGGUUAACUAAGUUGAUUGGUUCAAGUGGACUUUAGGUUUUUUUUGUGUGUAAAGUUUGUAUUGCAAGUAUAUGUAAUGUUGUUUAUGAUUUUCGACUAGAAUAGUUUGAAAAUUUAUUAAAUUUCGCUAAAUAAUGUCUAAUAGAAGCACAAGUUUACGGUCAUGUCAUUUGCAGGGAUUAGGUAGUGGUUUGAUUGAUGCACGUUUAAUUAAAUUAAGAGAAAAUGAUCUGAUUGACUGUAUGUCUGAUUAUAUUAAGAGAAAAUAAAUGUGUCUUUCAAAA